GCGGCACCGGCCAACGGUGCAUCCGACAGCAUUUUGCCAGUCAAGUCACUUGCAUUCUGCCUUAAGUUCGCUCCUCCUCGGCCAGGGAACUGAAGACCAGCCGAACGAUGUCGUCAGGUUAUCAACGCUAUCAGCGCUGUCACACGCUUACGCGCCCCUCGUUGGCAUAGCAGCGCUUGAGAAAUGGCUCAGCAGAGUGGCAUCUGCCAAGGGAUCCUCGAGACAUCACCUCACCCACUCUCAUUUAUCAUUGCGAGCGAAAGCGCAGUCUUUGCCGUCAUUACGUCAUUUUCACCGCCGACGGCGAAAGCGAACACCUUGAAGCGCCUAGUGCGCAUCCGUGAAUUAUCCUGCAUUUUGCCAGUCGAUCCGAGCUCACCAUGAUGCACGAGUCGGUCGAAAAGUACGCGUACAACUGGAAGUCAGACCCGACCGUGGACGUCACGACUUCGCCCUCCUCUACGCCACCAUCGCCCCCUCCAACGCAGAAGCCUCAUAAGUGUCCACAUCGAGGUUGCGGCCGUCAGUUCAACCGGAAAUACACGCUGGUGGAGCACAUGAAGACCCACACAGGCGAGAAACCACACGUGUGUCCUGUUCGCUCCUGCAGCAAACGUUUCAGCACGUCGGGCAACCUGUCGCGGCACAAGCGCCUGCAUGGUGUCAUCAAGCCGCUCGAGUGUCCCGUCGAGGGCUGCUACUGCACGUUUCCGAGCGACAAUAAGCUCGACAAGCACAUGCAGUUCCAUCUCGGCAGCCCCGUGCACGUAUGUACCAUCGGUACCUGUGGCAAAACGUUCAGCACCACAGGUAACCUGAACCGCCACGUAAAACACCACCACCCGAACGAGACGCUGCGUCCGCUUCCGCCCAAACAACCCAACGCUCCGUUGAUGAUCCAACCACCUCAGCAGCUCCACAUUAACAUCCCGUCGGGGCAACAGGUACAGCAAUAUCCCGUGGACAUGUCAUACCAGUUUCCGAGCCCGCGUGUCGUUCCCAUGAAGCGGAUGCUGGACGUCGCCCCGCCGUCCUUCGCUCCGGGCGUAGCACAGCAAUAUUACGGAGGUAGCACGACCCGGUGGAGCGGAUCAACUCCAGCGCAGGUCGUACCGUCUCAGUUACCGUCUCCCAUGGGGGUCACACCCAGAGGCACUCGUAACCCCGGCAUCGCCGACGUGCUUUCUUCUAUCUUCGACGAGAUGGAAUACGCCUCCGCUGAUCCAGAGAAGCCGUUGCUGGCACCACCACUGCAGCCGCAGAACCUGUUGGACGACAUGGUAAACUUCCACGUCGCCCACAUUGAGCUUUGAAAAGACAUAUCAUGAGUCAAUAGGAGGAAUAAGUUAAUGAACGGAUACGAUUGUGGAUACCUGUUCGUGUCAUCUCAAUAUCUCGUCAUGAAAAAAAUAAGAGCAUCGGGAUCUUGUAAAAUCUCGCGUUAUCAAUCCCAUACGAUAUUUUCGCUAGUAUGCCUGAGUGCAUUUUGAAGCAUUGGCACAGCACGGAAUGAAAACUCGAGCAGUGAAAAUGACGAGGACAAACCUCGAAGUUGCUGGCAAUCCACUUCAUUAACUUAAAUUUACUACUGUAGUUUCGAACAUCUAAUACUCGGACACUUUUGCUUUACGACAAGUGGGAGACAUGGAAGUUGAUCAUAUCGUCGAGGAUACUGAUCUUGCCGUGAUUUUCGGAGCUCU